AUGGGAUCUAUUCAAUCGGAAUCAUAUCUUCCUCCGGGAUGUCCAGAUUUUGAGAAACUCCCCGACGAAUAUUCUUGGCCUCGGGAAAAUGGGAAUGGAUAUCGCAUUCGAGAGAUGCCAUGCGGUAGCGAGAGACCAAUUCGUGUUGUUUCUCUAGGAGCAGGCGUUUCUGGUAUCAAUUUAGCGAAAAUCUUGCCAGAAAAAGUGAAUAAUUUGAAAUUGGUCAUUUAUGAAAAGAAUCCCGAAGUUGGGGGUACAUGGUACGAGAAUAAGUAUCCAGGUGUUGCAUGUGAUGUGCCCUCAAAUAACUAUCAGUUCACGUGGGCUAGAAAGCCCGACUGGAAACACUUUUACUCAUCCGGAGAGGAAAUCUUCGAUUAUUUUCAAGACGUUGUUGAUUUUUUCGACCUGAGAAAAUACUUCCAUCUUAAUCAUGAAGUGAGAGGCGCAUAUUGGGAUGAAGAGGAGGGAGUCUGGAAUAUCCAUGUAAAGAACCUGAAAACGGGUCAAAUAUUUCUUGAUACUGCCGAAGUAUUCAUUAACAAUGGGGGGUUUCUGAACAAAUGGCGAUGGCCGGAAAUUGAAGGCUUGAAAGACUUUAAAGGACAAAUCACCCACACCGCAAAGUGGCGCCCUGACACCAGAUAUGAAGGGAAGUCUGUGGCUGUGAUCGGCACUGGAAGCAGUGGGGUUCAGGUCAUUCCAUAUAUUGCGCCCAAGGUCAACAAGCUUUAUACUUGGAUUCGAUCACCAACCUGGAUUACGGCUGGGUUUGCACAGCAAUAUGCAGGUCCUAAUGGCACCAAUUUUGAAUAUACAGAAGAACAAAAGCAGCAAUGGAUAGAAAAUCCCCUCGAUCACCAAAGAUAUUGCAAAGCAAUUGAAGACGAACUCAAUCAGAGGUUCAAAUUCAUUCUCAAAGGGUCUCCACAGGCUGAGGAGGCUAAAACAUUCUCUACCCUCCAGAUGAAAGAAAAGUUGGGUGGCAGAACUGAUAUUGAGAAAAAGAUUAUCCCAACUGAAUUUGGUGUUGGAUGCAGACGUCCGACGCCCGGAAACGGAUUUCUUGAAUCUCUAUCACGUCCAAAUGUACAAGUGUUUACGGAAAUGAUGAAGCGAAUCACCAAAGAGGGCUUUAUUGAUCACGCAGGUCACGAACACAAGGUGGAUGUAAUUAUUUGUGCCACAGGAUUUGAUACCUCAUGGAUUCCACAGUUUCCGAUUAUUGCGCACGGCUCAAAUGUUCAAGAUGUUCUUCGCAAGAACCUCAUCUCUUACCUUUCUAUUGCUAUGCCAGACGUUCCGAAUUACUUCACCAUAGCUGGCCCGUAUGGGCCUUUCGGACACGGUUCAUAUAUUGCUGUUAGUGAAAUGCUGGUAGAAAAUAUCAGUGCAGUUGUCAAAAAAAUCCAAAAAGAAAAUAUUAAAUCCGUCACUCCCGAUUACGAUGUCUGCCAAAAGUUUGCUGAGCAUGCAGAUCUCUAUAUCCAACGCACUGCUUGGUCCGGUCCAUGCUCAAGCUGGUUUAAGAAUGGUGAUAAAAAUGGCCGGCUUGCAAUGUGGCCCGGCUCCAGAUUGACAUAUUUUGAUGUUCUCUCGGAGCCCAGAUUUGAGGACUACCAUAUCAAGUACUGGAGUGGAAAUCCGUUUGAAUACCUAGGUAAUGGAUUUGCCCUAGUCGAAUUUAAUGGGGGUGAUAUCUCUUAUUAUCUCGGGACGGAUGAAUCACCUGGUGGCGUGCUUCCUCCUAAGCAAAUUCGAGAUCAACAUUGA